AUGGCAUGCUCAAAAAUAUUUACAGGAUAUUUGCCCGAAUUAACAAAUGAAAUUAUACAAAAUUUUAGAAAAGAUUUUUCAACAUUACAUUCGUGUAUUUUAGUUAAUAGAUUUUGGUGUCGUUUAGCGAUUCCAUUAUUAUGGGAAGAUCCAUUUUCAAUUCCUUCCCAAAAUUAUCGUUGUAUUGAAAUUUAUUUACAUUUUUUAAAUGAAGAUAGCAAAGCAAAAUUUAAUGAAUAUGAAAAUAUUAAAAUUUUAAUACCUACAAAUACAUUAUUUAAUUAUCCUAGUUUUACUAAAUAUUUAAGUUUAAAUAGUAUUUGUUCUUCUGUUGAAAAAUGGGUUGCUACUUUAGUGAAUGAUAAUCGUGAGAACCUAGAGAGAUUAGUUUAUAGGUCAUUAUUUGAAGUAUUACUUGAAAAUGAAGGAAACUUACACUCUUUUGAAUUUGUAAUGUCUAGGAAUGGUAGUAGUAUUUGUACACAUUUUAAUAAUACUAUGGAAUUGAUUUUACAACAUCCAAAUUUUAUUUGCAAUAUUAAAAAUUUGGCAUUACAUAUUUUUCAUGAUAUUUUCCUUCAAAAUACCAUAAAUAUCAUUCCCUUUUUAAAAUUUUUAUAUUCUAAUUGUAAUUCAAUCUCAUCAAUUAUUUUUCAUUUUCGUAUAUAUAAUGUUGAUAAUUUUUCAUUAAUUGAAAAAUGUUUAUCACAAUUAAUUAUUUCUCAACAUAAUCUCAAAAUAAUUUCAUUUAUUGCUUGUAGUACUAUUUUAUAUAAACCAUUUUUAUCAUUAAAAAAUUCUAAUUGUUCAGAUACUUUAAAUACAAUUAUAUUUGAUAGUAUUGACUUUAGAAAUGUAAUUACAGUUUUACAAGAAGUAUUUGAUCAAUUGAAUGUUUUAGAAUCAAUUCAUAUUCUUUAUUGUUAUUCUUUAAAUUCUGAUUUUGUUCAACAAAUUAUUAAGGUUAAUAAACCUUUUAAAUUGAAAUCUUUAUUUAUAGAUGAAAUAUUACACAUUGAAUCAUUACAACUUUUAUUACAAAAAUGUGGUGAUUAUUUAGAAAAUUUUGAAUAUGGAUAUAUGAUCAAAAAGUAUGAAGAAUCAAGACGACAAUUACUUAAAUUAGUUAUGAAAUAUUGUACAAAAAUUAUAUAUUUUACUUCAGAUAAACCUGAUGAUAUUAAUAUUUAUUUAUUAAUUGAAAAUAUUGGACAAACUAUCAAUUAUCUUACUAUUCUAAUGGAUGCUAGCAAUAAAUAUAAUUCAAUUGUAUUACAAAAUUUAGGACAAGUUCUUCCUUCUAAAUUAGAAUAUUUAUAUUUGUCACUUUCAUUUAGUAAUGAUUUUGAAACAUUUUUAAAAAAUUCUCAAAAUACUUUUAUUAAGAAAUUAUUAAUUAGAAAUAUGUUAAAAGAUGAUAAUAAAAUUGUUUUAUUUUAUAUUAAGGAAUAUAUUAUGAGGAAGAAAAGGGUUAAAUAUUUGGCUUUUUCAGAAUUUGUUCCUGGUUACUCUUACACGGAAAAAGAAUUGUUUUUCUUAAAAGAUGAGGUAAAUGAAUUUAAAUUAUAUAAUAUUAUAGUACAAAAGCAUCGAGAUUUAUAUAUUUCUCAACAUGAUAUUGUUAAUAUUAAUAUAGAAUAUUAAUAGAGGAUAGCGUGUUAUCAAACCUUUGCAUGUAUAUUUU